CAAACGCGGCGGUGCAGGUGUUCUGUCUCUUCGGGAGAGGAUGCGGAUGGAAGGACGGGGGAGGGAAGGGAAGAAGGAAAGAAAAUAGGAAUAUGAAAAUGCGGUUCUGCUAGGAGACCGUGUGGCGCAAGGUCGAAUAUGAAAGAUUGCUUGAACGGGGCACUUUGCGUGGUAUUAGCUGGUCGGCAAUAGUACUAUGAUUUGGUAUGUGGCCACUCUGAUAGCAAGUGUAUUCAGCACCAGAGGAACGGCCGCUCAAGGUGCCCACGGUGUGAGAGAGGAGCCCCGCUUUGUGACGGCGCGCGCUGGAGAGAGCGUGAUCCUGGGGUGUGACGUGUCCCCUCCCCUGGACGGCCAGCAGCCCCCAUAUGUGGUGGAGUGGUUCAAGUUUGGAGUGCCUAUUCCCUUCUUCAUCAACUUUCGAUACUACCCUCCUCAUGUGGAUCCAGAGUACACAGGUCGAGCCUCUCUGCACGGGAAGGCCUCCCUGCAGAUCGACCCGGUGCGCUCGGAGGACCAGGGCUGGUACGAAUGUCGGGUCCUGAUGUUGGAGCAGCAGUAUGACACCUUCCAUAAUGGCAGCUGGGUGCACCUCACAGUCAACGCUCCACCUACGUUCACAUCAACACCACCUCAGUAUGUGGAGGCAAAGGAAGGAGGCAACACUCUGCUGAGCUGCUCCGCCCUGGGAAACCCUAAACCACUGAUCAGCUGGCUGAGGGAGGGGGAGGAGCUUCAAACCAACUCUAAAUACUCGGUACACGAUGGCAGUCUAACCAUUCUUGCGAUCACACGAGAUGACAGAGGAGCAUACACAUGUCGAGCCUACAGUGAUCAAGGAGAGGUUUUGCACACCACACGACUGCUGGUUCAAGGGCCUCCUUAUAUUGUCUCGCCACCCGAAAACAUCACAGUGAACAUAUCCCAGAAUGCACUCUUUACGUGUCAAGCAGAGGCGUAUCCUGGCAACCUGACCUACACCUGGUUUUGGGAAGAAGACAAUGUCUAUUUCAAAAAUGAUCUAAAGCUCCGUGUGCGGAUUCUCAUUGAUGGCACACUCAUCAUCUUCCGGGUCAAGCCAGAGGAUGCUGGGAGAUACACCUGCAGUCCCAGUAACAGCCUGGGUAUCUCGCCCUCGGCAUCGGCCUACCUGACUGUUCAGUACCCAGCCCGAGUGAUCAAUAUGCCAUCUGUCAUUUAUGUGCCACGGAAACUUCCGGGCAUCAUCCGCUGUCCAGUGGAUGCCAACCCACCUGUGACCUCGGUGAAGUGGGAGAAAGAUGGCUACCCUCUCAGGGUGGAGAAGUACCCUGGCUGGAGUUUGAUGACAGAUGGAAGUAUUCGAGUGGCAGAGGCCACAGAGGACUCCCUGGGCACCUACACCUGUGUGCCUUACAAUGCCCUGGGUACAAUGGGCAAAUCCCCCCAUGCCACUCUGGUGCUAAAGGAUCCCCCUUACUUUAAUGUGAGGCCUGGGGGUGAGUAUCGGCAGGAGGCGGGGAGAGAGUUAGUAAUCCCAUGUGCUGCUUCUGGAGACCCCGAUAUACCAACUAUCACCUGGAGAAAAGUCGGGAAGCCUAGCAGGAGUAAACACAAUGUCUUACCCAGUGGCAGCUUACAGUUUCUGUCCCUCAGCAAGGAGGACCAUGGAGAAUGGGAAUGUGUAGCCACUAAUGUGGUCACAAGCAUCACUGCCAGCACGCGCAUUCUAGUGAUCGGCACCAGUCCGCAUGCACCUGGCAAUAUCCAUGUGUUUCCGUUAACAACCUCUGCUAAUGUCUCAUGGGAACCGGGUUAUGAUGGAGGCUUUGAACAGACAUUUUCUGUGUGGUACGGUCCAGUGUCAAAGAGAACAGACUUUGGGCCUCAUGACUGGCACUCGAUGCCUGUCUCUGGUGCUCAGACAUGGUUGUUGGUGCCCGGGCUAGAGCCUGGGACUGAGUACCAGUUCAGUGUGCUGGCACAGAACAAACUGGGCACCGGGCCUUUCAGUGAAGUAGUGACAGUUACCACGGCAGGCUCUCCUCUGGGCACCCCAGAACCACUGGUGCUUCUUACUCCACCACGGUGCCUCACAGCCAACCGCACUCAGCAGGGCGUCCUCCUCACAUGGCUCCCACCAGCCAACCACUCGUCUCCCAUCGACCGUUACAUCAUGGAGUUUCGCCUUGGAGAGAAGUGGGAGGUCCUGGAUGACCUGAUCUCCUCCACAGAGACUGAGCUCAUAGCCAAAGAGCUUGUUCAGGAGGCCUGGUAUGAAUUUCGAGUGAUGGCCGUCAUGGACGAUCUGAUCAGUGAAAGCAGUAAUGUUGUGGGAGUGUCUAGUACGGAGUUGACUGAUGAGGGCCUAGCUCGGCCUGUGGUGGCGGGUGUUGUGGCAACUAUCUGUUUUUUGGCGGCAGCUGUACUGUUUAGCACUCUAGCAGCUUGCUUUGUAAACAAGCAACAUCGUCGCAAGCUUAAGCGCAAACCAGAUCCUCCUUUGUCCGUGACACACUUCAGGAAAAGCAUAGAAUCACCGUUAUCAUCUGGGAAGAUCAGUCCAGAGAGUUCACCGCCAUCUCGACCUCGCUCUCUCUCUUCAGAGGGAUCUCAUGGUCCAGGCUUGUAUGUCCGCAAGUUACCGAGCCCUCAAAGAGAGAAAGAAAAAGAGCUUUCCUUCUAUAAGAAAACAAAGCGUGCCAUAGCCAGCAAGAAGUACAGUGUGUCUAAACAUGAGGCAGAGGUCACUACUCCAAUAGAGCUGAUAAGCCGGGGUCCUGAUGGUCGCUUUGUUAUGGAAAGCAGCCCCCCACACCGCCGCAUCCAGGGCUUCCCCUUCGCAGAAGAGUCCGACAUGUACCCCGAGUUCCGCCAGUCGGAUGAGGAGAAUGAUUUUGAUCCUGGGCCACUGCCACCCAUCAUGCCCACUCUGAGGCCUCAGCUCUCCCCCACGUCCUCAAGUCUGGAGUCCACGCAGCCCCCCACCUACAGCCCCCGCCUGCACAGGCCCAUGGAAGGUAUGAGCUUUGCAGAGGGCAGUGCACUUCACGCAUCAGGGCAGGCGCCUGCCUCCCGCUACAGGGGCUUCCCCCAGGGACCUUUCUAUGGGUAUCUAGGCAGCCGCGGUGAUUCAGGGAUCCCACCACCAUUCUACAUGCCAGAUAUGAGCCCACGCAGCUCUGCUCUGUCCUCGCCUCCGGGCACCGCAGAGGGGCCCUUUGGUUACCCCUCCAUCCCUGAGGAGAGUGAAGGCCUGGAGCAUCAUCAGUACACUGCCUCUGGCCAUUCUCUAUCACACACUCACAGCCCUCCGCACUCACCUGAAAGCUGGCAGCCUCACGAGCUCCCCUUCCUGGGCCUAGAGGGUCCUCGCUUCAUGUACACCCACCACACUCUGCACCACCCCCAGGAUCUCCCUGAGCCGCCUCCAUACCCACCAGGCCGUUUGCACCUGCCUCCCCUCAAGGACCCCACCAGCCCUGGACUUCUGCAGCUGGAGGUCCCUGUGGCUCCCCCAGGCAGAGACCGGUCCAUGGGACCCUUGGGGCCCCUGGGGCCUCCCAUGAGGCGUCUAGCUAUGCAACAGGCCCAGAGUGUCGGCCAGCUCAGACACACGGCCCACGGUGUGGGUGUACCAGUGUUGCCUUACCCUGACCCGGCGGCCCGUGCAGGGAGCCCAAGCACAGCCCCCAGUAGUAGCCCUCAGUCCUGGCUGAGCCCAAGGGCGGGGCGCCGGGCAGACCCAAGUCUACCCCCUUUAGUACUUCAGCCGUCCCGUCUUUCUCCACUAUCCCAAAGCCCCCUGAGCACCCAGCCUGGCUCCCCAGACAUUUUAGUGCGCCCCCCGCCCCGCCCUACCAUCCUGCGCACCUCCCGCUCUCUGGAGAUGCCCGAGAUCACCCUCCAGCCCUCAGCUACAGUCUCCUUCACACGGAGGUCCUCCCUCACAGCCUCUCCCACUCAGGGCCAGGCCAGGCAGCCCAGCCCUAGUUUCCAUGCCCACAUGUCGUAUGCCUCCACUGCAGCCAGUUACCCAUCCCAGUCCCCCUCUCCCCCUCCUGAAGGCAGGGAUGUGUUCGGGCAGAGGCCGUCCCAAAGAAGGACAGAGGAGGAGAUGCUGCCCUCAGAGCCUUCUCAGCUCCACGUUACAGCCUCAGGGGAACCUCUAGGUGCGUCUGCUGAUCCUGCCGGCUCUGAGAGUUUACCAGCACUGCUACACCACUGCAUCACGAAAACCAAGGGAGCAGCUGCUAACAAUAACAACAACACAAACUCCACAGGGAAAACAGGUGUGGCCUCCUCUCAGAUCCAGCAGCAUUCUCGGACACCCCCAGAGGAAUGGGACCUCCACUUCCACAGAAAGAGGAGACGACAGAACAAGAGCCCUUAUGAGUAUCUGACCUCCCUCCUGCAGCGCAGGCUGUCUGCGGAGGACCAGACAGGCAUCCUGGCCAGUGCAGACUCUGAGGGCCCCAACUACGGGACUCUCCACUGACCCAUGUGCACACUGUCACUAACAGGACAAGCCAUUGGACUCGACUAAACUCACUCCCACCCCUGAAAGGCUCCAUCUACCCCACUCUCUGCAAUAAGAGAAUAUUUCUUAUCUUCACUAAAGCUCAAUGCAAUUCAGGCAGCAGAAAGAAUCUUCUGUGGGUGGGAAUCGUAUAUAAAGACAAACAAUUGCAAUUUACUGCUCUAUUACCACACCUUGUCUCUGAAUCUCGCUUGAAAAUGCUCUGAAAGUAUGUAAUGUAUAUAAAUAGUAAAACAAGGGAAUUAAGCUUCCUCUUUCAAUAAUGUCAAAGUGUUGGUUGUUUAGGUCACAACACAUGAAAGGAUUUUGCUCAUACAUCAUUGAGGGUCAAUACCUUAAAGUUUUUCAGUACUGUUAAGCCUGGUUGGUCCUUGGACAGGGACCUAAAUCUACCUUACUACAAUACAAAUAGUAUCAGUUAUACACAGGGUUUUACCACAAAAUAUACCUCAGAGUAAAUGCAGAGUUGCUGUCAUUCUUGUGGUAUACUGUACUUGACCUUUUUACAUAAAAAUCAUAUGAGUAAAAGGUAUGUUAUAUAUGCCACACGUGCUGAUACACAGUAGACAAAUGGCCUAAACCUGACUAAUUUUGAAACUUUCUAUCAGUAAUAAAUACGUGGCAUAUCAUAAUGUUUUUCAUUUAAUAUAUUACAAAUUAAACUGCAAUGUCUUAUUUUAAAUGCUUAACAGCUCAUUCUAGCACAGCAUAAGACCGUAGCCUUCAUGAGGAUGUGCAAAACAAUUUGGGACUUCAGUGCUCAGUGGAGACUUGACUUGUAAGAUUAGUAUGUACUGUACGUAUGUCAUUAUUACGGAUCAUUUGUGAAAAGUUGGCACGCUGUACGAUGCCUUUAGCCUUUCUCUUCUUUUUCUGACAUAAGAGCUGCCUUUUCUUUGCCUUGUUAUAUUUAUCUCUUUGAAGUGAGGGCAAGCUUUCUAUGUUUUAUGUUCUCUGCCAAGGACACAUAAAAUAAGUCAACACAACUGUAUUUUCACAUAAACAAUCAGAAUCUAUACCUACUUAAACUGUGCAUACCCAGAUAUUGGGAAAAGGAAAUCUUUAAAAACAACAUAAACCUUACAUGGUAGGUGUAAUGCAGUAUGGUGAAAUGUACAGAAACACUGCAUACACUGGUGUUGUGGUGAUGCUGUUGUAUAACUACAGCUGUUAGAGGAGAAUGUACUUGUUUCAUUGAAUUGCUGUUACUUUAGCAAAUGCCACUCUUGACUGUUUAUCUUUUAACUGUAUAUUAUGUGCUAGAUUUUUUUCUUUUUUUUUUCUUUUUAACACUAACCGAUUAUGAAUGUAUGUUUUUCUGUACAGGAAAUGAAUGUCGCAAUGUCAUAAACAUUGACAAAUGUUGCUCAUAGCUAACCAGUUGGUACAAAAGGUCUUAAUUUCUAUAAUGAGGUUUAAAGUGCAGCUGGUUCUGAGCUGAGCUCCCCUUUGUUUUGCCACCGACUCUAAAUCUCUUCACUUUACAGUUAUAUCAAUCACCUCUCAUUAGCUACUAACAAAACAGGCUGUCCAACAAAUAUCCACUUGAAUUUAGUAAUGUAAUGACUUCAUAAUGGAACUGUGUCCAGUUAGACACUGAUUGUCUGGGGUCUAGAGAAUGCGCGAAAUGCGUAUUUUACUAAUUGGUUUAUUGUAAGAUAUGAGGAAAAACUCUAUAUUUGUUAUGUACUGUACAUGGUGUGUACUGUAUUUGUAAAGAAUAAUCAAACAUGUUUUACAGAAAACCUUCUUGUAUAAGGAUGUAUGAAAAAGAAGGGAAGAUCCCUCUAAAAGAAAUUAGAUUAUAUAUAAAGGUAUUUGCUUACAGUACGGCUUUAAGUGGAUAAUGUUUUAAAAACAUUUAAGGUGCCUCAUUUGUCAUACUUUAGAAGACAUUAUUUUAUUGAAAAACAAAAGUAACUUUAAUGUUAGUACCGUACAUUGUAUUAUUGCCAUAGCCCGCUGGCUGCACAAGCUGAUUAGUAUUUUCUGGGAUGUAUAGUUGGUGAAAACCCAUUGAAAAAGCUUUAGAAGCAGAAGUGUGUUGCCCUCUAUAAUAAUUCUGGACAUUUUUCCCUGUCAAUGAGCACACAUGUAGAUUCACUCCAGAUCUGUGCGUGUCCAAAGCAAAUAUAUAUGAAACCUUUUUUACGAGUCACAGACAUGCUAUAGUCAUGUACAAUAUGUGCUGUGCAGGAAACGUGUUUACAUUAGUUCGAUACAGACAAGCGUGUUAGGGCAUAGUUGCUUUGAAACAUUACAACUUGGUGCUAUGUUUAACUUUGUGGUGCUGUAGAAUAGAGGUCUCAAGAUUCUUUUGUUUUUCUACGAGCAAUUCUUCAGCCCUUUGUGUUGGAGGUAGACUCUAGGUCCUUCCCAUAACAGUGACAGUGCUAGACAAUACUGUAAAGUAGAAGUACUGCAGUAUAUUCUCUGAUACUAAACGUGUGAUACUACUUUCAAAACAAUCUCAAGAUGACCUGUUUUAUAGUGUGUUUGCAAUGUCUGUCUGUGCUUCCAAGGUACCCUCUCUCUCUGAAGUAUACUUGUGAUGACAACUUUAAUCCAGCCUAUGGGAAAAACAAAAAAAAACAAAAAACAAAA